AUGCCGAUAUAUGCCAUCUGGCUUUUUCAAAUGGCAUUGCCACGAGUGAUGUGGACUUUUGUUGACACGUUCCUUUGGCAAAAUUUUGCCAACUGGCUUGACAGGCCGAACCCGACGGGUGUCGGUCCGGAUCAAAGAAAGCCAAGUGGCAAAAUUAAGUGGGGACGUGCCAAUGUUGGCAAUGCUGUAAUGACUUUCUAUGGUCAGUUGAUACUCGAAGAUUGUAGUAGCGCAUGUUAUUUUGUUUUUCUUAUUUAA